CACAGCUUGCGCGCUGUGACCAAGGACGCCGGCGCGACGCCGACGAGGCGACGCCCCCCAAAACACAUCGGUCGCGCGCGGCAAACGAAGCAGCGUUGGGGCCGAGGGCAGCCCCCAGGUCAUCGAUGGCGUCGAAACUGGCCGAGGAACCUUUGGGCGCGACGGCCGCGCUAUUAAGGCAGCGCUGCGAGGUCGACGCCGACGCGGCGUACGGGUUGUCUGUGUUGACGGCGCGAGGCGGCGACGGUGUACAAAGAGACCGCAAGGAAGCUUUACGACUCCUCAUCAAGUCCGCGGAGCUCGGCAAGACCGAGGCCCAGUGCCAGUACGCCCAGUUGUUGGCCGAAGGUGCGGGCGGUGUGAAGCGGGACGAGCGCGAAGCUUGCGAAUGGUUAAGAAUUGCCGACUGCGCGGAAGCUAGGUAUAGACUCGGGCUGUUCACGUUCGAGGGGCGGGGCACGCGCAAGGAUGCGGAGAAGGCGCAUUCACUCAUAGCGGAUGCCGCUUCCGAAGGACACAUGGCCGCGGCCGACUGGUUACAUAGAAAAGACGGUCCAUCCCCAAGACGGCCGCCGCCGCCUCCCAGUCCGCCGCCCGUGCCCCGCGUUUCGAAGAAAGAUGGCCCGCCCUCGCCCGAGCGCGUGUCGAACGACGGCGACGCGUUGCGAGGUGCUCUGUCCGAGGCGCGCGCGGUGGCCGCUGCUGCUAGAGUAGCAAGGACCGCCGCCGAGGACGACGCGAAGAGACUAAGGAAGGAGCGCGACGACUACCGAUCUAAACUAGAACAGGCCCAGCGGCUGCUCGAAGUUGCCAAAAAAGCUCCAAGGGGCGACGCGUUACAGAGGAGACAGCAAGCGAGACAUGCCGAACAACUUUCGAAACUCGGCGCGGCCCACGCGGCGGCGAACCAGGCGUUACUAGAAAAACACGAGUCGACGCAGCGCGAGGCCAAAAAACAUGCGGAGAACUGUCAGAAAUUGGAGGACGAGAAGGCCGCCGCGAUUGCCGCCUUUGAUCGAUUGGCGAAAGCUGCGGAUCGGCGGGAGAAGGAGGUCGCGCGACUUGGAAGUUUGGACUACGCGCGCGGGCUCGAGACCGAACUCGAGGAGCUGCAUACGAAGCGCGACGCGGAUUUGACGAAGCUCCAAACGGCCUGGGACGACGACGCCGCGGAAGCGUUGCGUGAUAGGGACGCUUUAGAAGCUUCGUUAAUAGCUCAACUGGCGCAGCGUGAUUUACAACUGCUAGAAUCCCAUGCAGUUAUCGACGCGUUACGGUCUUCCGUGGAGAUGCUCGAUGCCGCUCGAGCCGCCGAUGCGGCUUCCUCAGCGGUGGCGCACGAGACUAUUGUGAGAAGAGCGCAAGUCGACGUCGCGAGGGCGCGCCAGGAGUUCUCCGAGUCCAAGAGCAAAGCCUUGCAGGAGCAGUCCCGGACCCACAAUGAUCUGGUGAGCGAGUUGGAACAGGCCCACGACAAGGCUAGAUUGGCGGACGCGCGGCGACGGUCCGAGAUCAGCCGAGAAGCGGAGCGCCGCGGCGCAGAUUUGGCAGCGGCGACGGCGUCACUCAAUCAAGUGUCGGGCGAGAUGUCGCGGCGGGACCAGCACGUCAACGACGCGAGAGACGGUCGUAGAGCGGCGGAAGCUUUAUUAAGGACCGAAGUCGGCGUCUGCAUCGAGGAAGCGCGCGCGACGGGUCUGAGGAUGGAGGCUUUACUCGCUCGUCGACGCGACCGCGAACGACGGCGCGCUAGGGCGGACGCGGACGCGCGGGAACGGCUCGUGAGCGACUACCGGGCCUUGGCCGACGAGCAGGCUGUGGCGGUCGCGGAGCUCGAACGGGACCACCGGGACUCGUCGCAGAAGCUGCGGGAUGCGUUAGCUGCGGAAGUUCGACGGCGGGAGGCGGCGGAGGCGCUCGUGGCGGACCACGCCGGCGACGUGGAAUUGCGUGACGCGCGCGAGAGCGAGUUGGUCGCGGCGCGGGACGAGAUCGACCGGUUGGAGGGCGAGCUCGCUUCGCGGAAUGAGGACGAUGCGCUCGAGCGGACGCGCGAGCUGCUGCGGAAUGCUGGAAAAAACAUGAACGCGCUGGAAGAACGGCGGCGGGCCGAGGUCGAGGCGCUGCAGCAGGAGGUCGCGCGGCUCGGGGCGCUGGUCGAGGCGUCGUCGUCCGGGGGUGACGAGGGGUAGUAUAUUUAAGCAUAAAG